AAAAACGUCUAAUCCGAAGCCCUUUUAGCUCAUUUUCUCGAAUCCGUACAUCGGUUGGGCAGAUCGCGGCGAGUCUAUAAAAAGCCGACUUUUCCAUCGGGACGUCUCGGUCGGUCAUUGGAAAUGGUGUAAAGUGCACGCGUCGGGUAACGCUCGGAUCAUUCUCAAGCAGCAGCAGAGGAUAGAUAGAAGGAUACAAUGGGUUACUUGGAUUGGAAUGUGACGAGCUCGUCGGCGGAGGCGCGAAUGUCGUACGCGCCUGGGGGCGGCCACAUCGGCGCCGGUGGACCACCCCGCAUGCUGGGCUGGAACGUGCCACCCGAGGAGCUGCAGCACAUACCCGACCACUGGCUCGGCUUCCCCGAGCCCAAUCCCGCCCUGCACUAUCUGCUCGCUCUGCUCUACAUACUCUUCACCUUCAUCUCGCUGCUCGGCAACGGUAUGGUCAUAUGGAUCUUUUGCGCGGCAAAGUCACUGCGAACGCCGUCCAACAUAUUCGUCGUGAACCUGGCCAUUUGCGACUUCCUCAUGAUGGUGAAAACGCCGAUUUUCAUCUACAACUCGUUUCACACGGGCUUCGCUCUCGGUAACAUGGGCUGCCUCGUGUUCGGCACCAUCGGCUCGUUCAGCGGUAUCGGAGCCUCGAUGAGCAACGCCGCGAUCGCCUACGAUCGUUACAGCACGAUAGCCCAUCCGCUUGAUGGAAAGCUGUCCCGCGGCCAAGUGAUCAUGCUGGUGACGGCCAUCUGGACGUACGUGCUGCCGUGGGCCCUGAUGCCCCUGAUGGGCGUCUGGGGCCGCUACGUGCCCGAGGGCUUCCUCACCAGCUGCACCUUCGACUACAUCACCGACAGUCCGGAGAUACGCUACUUCACCGCCACCAUCUUCACCUUCUCCUACUGCUUGCCCAUGACCCUGAUAGUAUUCUUCUACAGCAAGAUCGUCGGCCACGUCAUGAGCCACGAGAAGAAUCUGCGCGAGCAGGCCAAGAAGAUGAACGUCGAUAGUCUGCGCAGCAAUCAGAACGCCCAGGCCGAGUCGGCGGAGGUGCGCAUCGCCAAGGCCGCCAUCACCAUCUGCUUCCUGUUCGUCGCCUCGUGGACCCCCUACGGGGUCAUGUCGCUCAUCGGGGCGUUCGGCAACAAAGCUCUGCUCACCCCGGCCGUCACCAUGAUACCGGCCUGCUGCUGCAAGUUCGUGGCUUGUCUCGACCCCUACGUCUACGCCAUCAGUCACCCCCGAUACAGACUGGAGCUACAGAAACGUAUGCCCUGGUUGGAGCUGCAAGAGAAGCCACCGGCGCAAAACGAUACGACCAGCACGACCACCGAAGCCGUCAACAGUCCAUCGAGUUAAAUUAGCGGCUCGUAACUUUUUAACGGCCAAACCGAACAUCUCGAUGAAAAAAUGUCCAACGCGAAGAUACGCCAUUGCAGGGUGUCGAUUAUUCACUUCUGGAUAAAAAUGCACCGCGUCGCAUUAUGUAAUUUUUGCCCCUUCUUAUCACGCAAUUGUCCAUCACCGGUACAUUAUUUUAUUUAUUACAUAAUGAGCUGUAUAAAUAUUUUUCGACCAAUCGUUCAAUACAUAAAUAACUUCGACAUAUCUUAUAGUGAUUUUUUACAUUCGAAAUAACGUGCCAACGAUCGCGUACCAAAGUUCUCCCCAUUUGUCGAUUCUCGAGUCCAGCAGUGACUCAGGGAAAAACCCGGCGCCAAGCUAUACAAUACAUCGCCCGAUCAAAAUACAUAGAGGGAGACCUUUGUCAUCUAAUCUUAGUCUUAUUUUCAAAAUAAAUGUAUGAGAGAAUUUCUAUAUGAAUAUUCUACUACGCUGUUAUUGAUUAAUUUUAAGCUUAAAAAUCCAAAAGAAAUAAUAGUCUAAGUUAUAAAUAUACGCAUGUAUCUUGUAAGAUUUAUUGUUAUGAUGACACAUGAACAUGUCUCACCACACAUUCACACAUUCACUAAACGUAAUGAAAAUAUGUAAUUCGUCAAUUUUUUUCAAUAAAGAGCAAGUAUUUUAUCGAUC